UUAAAAAAUGUCUGACUUCGGGAAAGUCCUCCGCUCUCUUCGAACCAAGGAGAACACAGGGCUCAGCAGAAGAGAUAUAGAAAUCCUUCAGAGAGAAAAGGUCUUUGUAGAGUCAAGGCAGAGAAUAGCAAUUCCGAAGAACUUAUCCCGUACUGCCCUGUAUGGAGCAAAGAACCAGAAAAAGAACCGGAGACGACACUUCAUAGACUAUUCUUUAUUCGCGUUGGCUGUGUUCACUGUUGGGUUGAUACUGUAUGAAAAUCAGCUGUUCUUUGAAAACGAUAAUGAGAGCAGCUUCUGGAACUAUUUCUUAAGAACUGUGAACCUAUUUUUAACCUUAAUUUCUGUAGUUUUGAUUCAUUUCAAAUACAAGUAUUCAGAUAGCACUUAUACAGGUGUGGAAGGAUACCAUUCUACUUGGAACAUGGAUUCUUUACCAAACUAUCUCUUAGAGGUGGCAGUCCACCUUUGAUCGCUUUGACCUCCUGGAGUUGAUGUUGAGUUUACGACAGAUUUGGCCAGAGACGAAGUCACUUACUCGUAUAACACAGUUACAACAGCGAUAUCAAUAUUUAGAUUCUAUUUGAUUUUUCCAGUGCUGCAUCAUAUAUCUUUCUGGACUUCAGAUAGAGCGAUCAGGGUUGCUAGCAUGACGGGAGUAAAGGCUAACUCUUUAUUUGCGAUAAAGUGCUACCUUAAGGACAAGCCUUACCCAGUCUUAAUUCUAGGACUAGGAAUCUCUGUGUUAGUCUUAGGAAUUUCAAUUAGGCUUUUUGAAGCAGAUGGCGACUUCAAUUUUUAUUUGAUCAUCAUCACAAUGACUACAAUCGGCUUUGGAGAUAUGUACCCAGUUACUUAUUUUGGACGUGCAGUAUGUAUCAUAAGUUGUGUAUGGGGUGUUUUCAUUAUUUCAAUGUUUACUGUUGCUCUAAUGAAAGCCAGUGAAUUUACAAUGAAGGAACAAAUCGUAUAUGAGGAUAUCACUCGCCGUAAGCGGCUAAACAAUGAUGCAAUGAAAAUUGUACAGAGUUACCUCCUUCUAACAGUCUAUCGGAAGGCUAAUAUUAACAAAGAUAAGCGAUCAGAACUUCUUCUAACUCUUAUCUCAAAGCUUUCUCGGUUUAAGAGGCAAGGUCACGAUUUUAGCGUGAAAGGUCUUGAUCAGAGCACAGAAAUCAUCGAAGAUCUCAGUUCAUGGAUGGAAGAAGUCCAUGAAAACUACCAUGAUUUAUUCAAAAAGAUAAAGAAAGCGAAUGAUUACUCAAGAAAGCUUGCUAAGAUAAUAAACUCAUCUCAGAAUCAUGAAGCUUCCUCGAUUCUUUACCUUGCUGACUCUAAACCUGGAUCAAAUCCUAAGCAAGGCAAUGGGUCUCAAGGGAAGCCUCCUUCACAAAAGAAGCGUGGGCUUUCUCCACCAGCUGAGAGUAAGAAAGUUAUUCAAGAAAGAAAGGAGAGAUUUCAGAAUUCGAAGCAUACUUAUAAGGCAAGGUCUAGCAAGACUGUACUUCCAAUUUCUUAACCUUCAAUUUAUGGUUUGAACAAGAUUUGAUAUUUCUUAAC